UAUUUUCUCUGCUUCUUCUCCUUUUAUAAGUUCUUUCUAACUUCACUUGUUGAGUCAUCAGCUUAACAAAAUUUGUAUAAAUGAAAAUGAGAACCCUACACUUUCUAUGUCUUCUCUUGAUUCUUUUGUUUCAAAUCUUAUCAGGAAAUGAGAUUUUCUUUGUUUCCUCUAAAUGUCUUGAUGAUCAAAAGUCAUUGUUGCUGCAGUUGAAAAGCAGCCUACAAUAUGAUUCUAGUUUGUCAACCAAGUUGGCGCGUUGGAACGACAACACAAGUGAAUGUUGUAAGUGGGAUGGGGUGAAAUGUGAUCUCUAUGGUCAUGUGAUAGCCUUGGAACUAGAUAAUGAGUUGAUUUCUUGUGGAGUUGAGGAUUUAAGUGCUCUUUUAAGUUUCGAGUAUCUUGAAAAGCUAAAUUUGGCUUACAACAGGUUCGACGUUGGUAUACCAGUUGGUAUAUACAAUUUAGUCAACUUGAAGUACCUGAAUUUAUCAAAUGCUGGUUUUUUCGGGCAAAGUCCUAUGAUGUUGUCUAGAUUAACAAGGUUAGUUAUUCUUGAUCUCUCAACUCUAUUCCAGCCACUUAAAUUUGAGAGUCUUGAUUUCAUUAAGAACUUAACAGAACUUAGAGAGCUUUACCUUGAUGGUGUUGACAUUUCAGCUCAGAGGAACGAGUGGUGUCAGUCUUUAUCAUCAUAUUUGCCUAACUUGACGGUCUUGAGCUUGCGUGGUUGUCAAGUUUCAGGCCCUAUUGAUGAUUCACUUUCCAACCUUCGAUUUCUUUCAGUCAUCUAUCUAGACCAGAACAGUCUGUCUACCACAGUUCCUCAAUAUUUUGCCAAAUUCUCCAACUUGACUAGCUUGUCCCUCAGCUCCUGUAAUCUACGCGGAGCAUUUCCUGAAAUAAUCUUUCGAGUACAAUCUCUAGAGAUGUUGGAUUUGUCAAACAAUAAGAUGCUUAGUGGCAGAAUCCCAAACUUUCCUAAAAACGGAUCUUUGAGGACGAUAUCACUAAGCAACACCAAGUUUUCUGGUUUAUUGCCAGAGUCCAUUUCCAACCUUCAGAACUUGUCCAAGUUAGAGCUCUCCAAUUGCAAUCUCAGUGGACCAAUACCAUCCACAAUGGAGAACCUUACAAAUCUUGUUUACUUAGGUUUCUCAUUGAACCACUUCACUAGUUCUAUCCCAUAUUUCCAACGGUCCAACAAACUCACCUACUUAGACCUGUCGUAUAAUAGUCUAACUGGUGUACUCUCUCCAGCUCAUUUUGAAGGACUCUCAGAGCUUGUGUACAUAAAUUUAGGCAACAACUUACUCAACGGGAUCCUUCCUGCAUAUAUCUUUGAGCUACCCUCGUUGCAGAAGCUUUUUCUUUGCAACAAUGAAUUUGUUGGUCAACCCCCAAUUUUUGAUGAUUUGUGUUAUGGUCCAUAA